CUCACUCUGCUCAUUAACAAAUUACAUUUGUGUUUCAUUGACAUGAACCAACGUCCCACGCAAGUUAAUCUAGGAAAAACUCCUGCUCUGCAAAUUAAGUGACGUGAAAGACUCACAGACUGUCGCUCUGUAAGCAACGUCGAUCCAUUUGCGACGCUUCUUCGUGACCUUCUCCGUUAAGCUUUCGCGUCCCACCACUAUAAAUACACUUAAUUAGUUCCUUAACGAAAAAUCACAGCCCCUGAAGCCUUCAUGGCGUGUGCAUCCUCUGCCUUGACUGUCCCCUGCUCGACUCAUUGCCUCUUCCGCUUCCGGGCAAGGAGAUUUGCGGUCUGCGCUCGGAAGAACCACGACGAUGGAAAGAGAAGCGACGGAAGUCAUCACUACGGCGGAAGGCUUGUCGAUGAGAACAUGGUGACGCUGCGGAGGAGGAUUCACGAGAGGAGGAUGGAGGAGAAUGGCAGCGACGGCGUUAACGAGGCGCCGACGGAUUGGAUGGAGUGGGAGCGGCGGUACUACAAGAGAUAUGGAUCGGACGUGUCGGAGGUAGUGGGGAUGGUGCAGGUGCUACUGAUGAACGCGCGGCCCGGCGCUGGAUUGGCGGCCAUGGCGGUAGUUGGGCUGAGCUUGCCGGCGGCGAUGGCGUUGUUACUGCUGAGUUUGUUAGCGAUGCAUUGAUUGUGUAACGACUGAAGUCGGAAACAAAGUCUUCGUUAACCUCAAGAUUGUAAUCGCUUAUCAUUUGAUUCGUUAAGCAUGGUGUAGUUUUUUUUUUCAGUUUAA